UAUGGCAAUGUUCAUGUUGGCGUUCGUAUGGCAGAAUUGAAGUGAAAUGAAAUAAGUGAUUUUUGUGUUCACAGUUGAAAAUUUUAUUUCGGACGCGUUUUUUAUCGAACAUUAAGUGCUCAUUGAUAUUAUUUUCAUAUAUUUACUUUACAGAUUAACUUGGAGAGAAUCUAAUUUUAUUUUUGUAGGUAUUAUGAUGACGGAAAGUUCUACGAUCCCACCUCCACCUGGGACUACGGAGAAUCCACCAUUACCUCCAGAACCACCAUCAUCACCGCCUCCGCCUCUACCACCAAAUACCGCCCCAAAUAACCAACCGCAAAACAACUGGGCACAAUUCUAUUACAGCGGUUAUUACCAUCCCCAAUACGCACAUUAUUAUCAACAAUAUUACAUGAUGCAGCAAGGUUAUAAUACUUAUAAUCAGUUCACACAGUUUCCAGAUAAAAAAGAAGACAAAAUUCAACCGCCCCUACCGCCAGGCCCUCCUUUACCCAGCAUCCCUUCGAAUUCUCCCCGACCCCCCUUGUUGAGUACUCCAAAACAGUUUGGCAGUAUCAGGUUUCAACUGAAUGGUAAAAGACUACCGAACAACAAUGCGAUUUUGCAGUUGAAUAACUCUCCGAACAGCGGAGCGGCUAAGAAAAAACGAAAGCGUAACAGGAACAACCAAAACAUUCAGAACCAAUUUAAUCAAACAAAUAAUUUCGGUAUUCCCCCAUUACCUCCUCCAGAGUUGAGCCUCCCCAAGCCGGCUCCUCCUCCAGAAACCAUGCCCCCGGAACCCCCUCUUCCCCCUCUACCGGAAGAAAUGAAACCCCCUGAGCCCGUUCAGGAGCCUCCAUCGUGCAAUUCUGCCCCGAAAGGGAUGGCAAACCCGUCCGAUGAUUGGCCUGAGAGUCUGAGAACUUACGUGCACCAGUGCUACGCCAAAUGCAAGACUAACAUAGAUAGGAAUCAGGUGGAUAUUAUCUUGAAGGGGAAAAUUACCCAGGCAUAUCAAAACAAUCAGCUGCAUAGAGAUUGGAGCAAGGAACCUCUUCCAACGGUUCAUAGUGAACGCCCCCCGUUCACGGGUCAGCUCAAAACUGUCCCGGGACAGUUGAGCCAAUUUCAGAAUCUCAAGAAGGGCAUAUCUCCGGGCUUGGGUGCUAGGUUAGGUGCUAGGUCUAAUGUGCUCCGGAAGAAGAGCAGAUCUUCUUCUAGGUCUAGGUCCAAGUCUAUCACUUGUCACAUAAGGUUUUUGUAUUCUUUCUUAACUCUAUCAUUUCGUUGUAGUGGAAGCUCUGACUCAAGUAGCGAUGAAAACUUCAAACCCCUCACGAAAUCCAGCAAGAAGAACAAAGGUAAAUUAUCCGACAGGUUAGGUCCUACUAAAACUAAGUUGGCGAAAUCUUCCAAGAAGCAGAAAGCAAAGGAGAAAAAAGCAAGUUUUUAUUCGACGUUUGGCAGCGAACUUGAAGAAAGUACGGAGGUGUUACAGCAGAGAGCUGCUAGGUUCAAUAACGGAAAACAAAACGGUACAGGGAGCGCCUCAAGCCCGGUUAACGAUAACAAAAAGCAAGGUUUUAUCAUCGAUAAAUUUAGUGAAGAUAAUAAUUCGGUGGACUUUGACUGGUCUGAAUGUCACAUUGUGGGCACGUGUCAUGAUUUGGAGAAAUCUUUCCUUCGUCUUACUAAAGCUCCUGAUCCAUGCGACGUUCGGCCAGUCGAAGUGCUCAAAUUAUCAUUGCAGAAUGUCAAGGAGAGAUGGUUAGCAAAACAAGAUUAUUUUUACGCUUGCGAUCAGCUUAAGUCAAUACGACAGGAUUUGACGGUAAGUUCAGAUAUAAUGACCAUUAUGAAAUCUCUUUCGGCAGAAGAAAAAUCUGAUGAGUGUAUAUCUUUCGCGUUAAAAAUUAGAUCGGCUUGGGGUUCGGGCAAUUUCCACAAAUUUUUUUAUCUUUACCGUGUCGCUCCUUUAAUGACCGGUUAUCUCAUCGACUGGUUCAUUGAAAGAGAAAGAAAAUCCUAUCUUAAGUGCAUUAUCAAAAGCUACCGUCAAAAUGUAUCCUGCACCUUUGUGAUGCAAGAGUUGGCCUUCAAGUCGGCAGAGGAGUGCUUAGAAUUUCUAGAACCGUUUUCUUUGAGUUUCGUCGAUUCACAAAGGACGUUUAUUGAUUGCAAAAGUAGCAUGGCCGCUCUCCCCAAUAUCUAGUGUUCUCCUAACGUGUUUCUCCCAAAAACAUUUAACGAAUUAUUUCGGCUAUGUGAUUCUUUCUGAAUAUUUAUUCUUGAGGAACUUUCUCAAGGAAUAUUUCUCUCCUUUCCUUGUCUUUAGAAGUGUUAUCGAGGAUACGUUUGCAAAGCACCUGUCUUCAAAUUAAUGGUCACCGUCAGGGAGCGUCGCAGUGGAAUUCAGAAGUUUUUUAGGGUUCUUGGGAGAUUUCUAAUACUGAAAAAGAUGACGAGCCCUUCCAGUUAUGCUGAGCAUUUUUUACAAUUCACUUCCGUAUCAUCCAUUAUCUGAGAAAUUUGUACGUCAUUGUUGGUUUCGGUUGGAAUUACCAAGUUGUACGGUUGGAUAUUCAAAACUCAUUUUGCCAUGUUGUAGUGGCAAUAUGAGUCUGAGAUGUGUGUACAUAGUCAAUUGUUGGAAUAUGUAUAUAUGUAAAGUAAGUAAUUUAUUAGGAAAAUAUAUACUUAUUGAAACAUUUAUA